AUGGGCUUUAUUGACUUCGCGUUCAACUGGGCUUGCAUGGCAAAGAAGCUACAGCCGUACAAGUUCAUAAUUGUCAGUCAGGAUCCGGAAUCGAAUGUAUACCUGAAAUCGAAUACGCUCCUAUCCACUUUCGAUGGCGCCGCAAUUGGAGUUGAUUCCACUGCCGCUCAGUCGGCAUGGCGCUCUCCGGCUUACAAUCAUAUCGUCAAGAUGAAAGUUCUCAUUGUACGGCAGAUACUCGAAAUGGGUUAUCAUGUCUUGUUCUCGGACGUAGAUAUCGUAUGGCUCGAUGAUCCGUUGAAAUAUUUCGUCGGGGACGUCGACUGGGAGUUCGAACCGAACGAGCUUGGUGAUGACUUCCAACCAGGCAACACUGCCAAUACCGGCUUUUACUGGAUCAAGAGCAGUAAAAAAACCAUUGACCUCAUGAAGACCGUCGAAGUGGAGGCUGCGAAAGUUCCAGACUUGGAUGAUCAGACAGUUUGGUCAAUCCUGUUAAAUGACUUCUGGCAAAACGGAACGUAUGUGUACGUACCGGCAGCAGAGAAGAGCGCACAGGAUUACCUGCUGAAGCUCAACCGUAACGAUGAUCCGCUCACUUUUCGGCAGCUCAAUUCCGUGCAGUUUCCGCCAGGGAAUAAAUACUUUGGGAAGCCCCGCGACGAAUGGGAAGCGGAGUCCGCUCGAACCGGCCUAACAGCUGUUUUUGGACAUAUUACGUUCGUGAUAGGCCACGAUAUCAAGAUGCAGGCGCUGAAGGACAAUGGGAUGUGGUCGGUGAAGGAUGGGGCCCUGGAAGAGGCAAAGGCAUGGGUGGAAAAUCGGAAGCAAAAGCUUGGAGAUCGCUGGACAGAAAUUGAGCAAUUGAACCAAAAUCGGGAGGAAGGUUUAUUCUGCAUGAAGCAAGGUCACUGA